AGAAGGAGCUCUUUGAUGUUGUGGCUAAUCACUUGGUAGAUGACCUCAUUCAUGGCAAAAAUGGUCUCCUUUUCACAUAUGGUGUGACUGGGAGUGGGAAGACUCACACCAUGACUGGUUCCCCAGGGGAAGGAGGGCUGCUUCCUCGUUGUCUGGACAUGAUCUUUAACAGUAUAGGGUCAUUUCAGGCUAAAAGAUAUGUUUUUAAAUCUAAUGAUAGGAAUAGCAUGGAUAUACAGUGUGAAGUUGAUGCCUUAUUAGAACGGCAGAAAAGAGAGGCCAUACCCAACCCAAAGACCCCUUCUAGCAAACGACAAAUAGAUCCAGAGUUCGCAGAUAUGAUAAAUGUACAAGAAUUUUGCAAAGCAGAAGUUGAUGAGGAUAGUGUCUAUGGCGUAUUUGUGUCUUAUAUUGAAAUAUAUAAUAAUUACAUAUAUGAUCUACUGGAAGAAGUGCCGUUUGAUCCCAUAAAACCUAAGCCUCUACAAUCUAAAUUGCUUCGUGAAGACAAGAAUCAUAAUAUGUAUGUCGCAGGAUGUACAGAAGUAGAAGUAAAAUCUACUGAAGAGGCUUUUGAAGUUUUCUGGAAAGGCCAGAAAAAGAGACGUAUUGCUAACACACAUUUGAAUCGUGAGUCCAGCCGUUCCCAUAGUGUAUUCAAUAUUAAAUUAGUUCAAGCCCCACUGGAUGCAGAUGGAGACAAUGUCUUACAGGAAAAAGAACAAAUCACUAUAAGCCAGUUGUCCUUGGUGGAUCUUGCUGGAAGUGAAAGAACUAACCGGACAAAAGCAGAAGGGAACAGAUUACGUGAAGCUGGUAACAUUAACCAGUCACUAAUGACGCUAAGAACAUGUAUGGAAGUCCUGAGAGAGAACCAAAUGUAUGGAACUAACAAGAUGGUUCCAUAUCGAGAUUCAAAGUUAACCCAUCUGUUCAAGAACUACUUUGAUGGGGAAGGAAAAGUACGCAUGAUCGUGUGUGUGAAUCCAAAGGCUGAAGAUUAUGAAGAAAGCAUGCAAGUCAUGAGAUUUGCAGAAGUGACCCAGGAAGUUGAAGUUGCAAGACCAGUAGAUAAGGCAAUAUUUGGUUUAACACCUGGACGGCGAUACCGGAACCACAUUCGGGCAGGUCCAGUUGGAGAUGAACUGUUGGUUACAGAAGUGGUCUUACAGAGUUUUCCACCAUUGCCGUCCUGCGAGAUUAUGGAUAUCAAUGAUGAGCAGACUCUCCCCAGGCUUAUUGAAGCAUUAGAGAAACGCCAUCAGCUACGACAAAUGAUGAUUGAUGAGUUUACCAAACAAUCUUUUACUUUUAAAGGUAUGUUGCAAGAAUUUGACAAGGGUGUUUCAAAUAAAGAAUACUCCAUUCAAGGAAAACUGAAUGAAAAAGAAAAGGUGAUAUCAGGACAAAAAUUGGAAAUAGAACGACUGGAGAAAAAAACCAAAACUUUAGAAUAUAAGAUUGAAAUUUUAGAGAAAACAACUACUAUCUAUGAAGAAGAUAAGCGCAAUCUGCAACAGGAACUUGAAGCCCAGAAUCAGAAACUUCAGCAACAGUUUUCUGACAAACGCAGACUAGAAGCCAGGUUGCAAGGCAUGGUGACGGAAACAACAAUGAAGUGGGAGAAAGAAUGCGAGCGGCGAGUGGCAGCUAAACAACUGGAGAUGCAAAAUAAACUCUGGGUAAAAGAUGAAAAACUGAAACAACUGAAGGCUAUUGUUACUGAACCAAAAACUGAAAAGCCAGAGAGACCCUCUCGGGAGCGGGAUCGAGAAAAAGCUACUCCAAGAUCUGUUUCUCCAUCGCCAGUACCUAACGCACCACCACUUCGUCUCCGACACAGACGAUCACGCUCUGCAGGAGACAGAUGGGUAGAUCAUAAGCCUGCCUCUAACGUGCAAACUGAAACAGUCAUGCAGCCACAUGUCCCUCAUGCCAUCACAGUGUCUGUUGCAAAUGAAAAGGCACUAGCUAAGUGUGAGAAGUACAUGCUGACCCACCAGGAACUAGCCUCCGAUGGGGAGAUUGAAACUAAACUAAUUAAGGGUGAUGUGUAUAAAACAAGGGGUGGCGGACAAGCUGUUCAGUUUACUGAUAUUGAGACUUUGAAACAAGAAUCACCGACUGGUCGAAAACGAAGAUCUUCCACAGUAGCACCUGCCCAUCCAGAUGGUGCAGAGUCUGAAUGGACCGAUGUAGAAACCAGGUGCUCUGUGGCUGUAGAGAUGAGAGCAGGGUCUCAGCUGGGACCUGGAUAUCAGCAUCAUGCACAACCCAAGCGCAAGAAGCCAUGAACUGACAGUCUCGGUAAUGAAAGCACAUUUUCAUUGUGUUGGUGAUUUCUCAAAACCAUGCCAGGAGAAGUCCAGCUUUGUUGACUCUCACAGACCUCAGAUACAUUAUGCACUGGCCUAGAUCAAAGAUUUCCCAAAGACAUCUAGGAUUCAACGAACUUUUAAUAUUAUACGCCUUACCAUAUUUAAUAUUAACAGCAAAGAAAGACCCUCUUUUCUCAUUGCCGUCUGGACUUUUUUUAAUAAUGAUGUUUUUUUGUAUGUUUCUUGUAUAUUCAUAAACUAAUUCAUGCAAAGUGUUUAUCUUGAGUGAUAAAGGAAGAAGAUAUAUAAAUCACACUUUCUUUUAUAUUGUGACUUUUCCAGCUCUUGCCUGAAUAUUUCUUAAGGUUUUAUAAACAAAACAAAUGCUGCUAUUGAUUAGCUGCAAAAAUGCACUUUACACAUAUUGGACAAUUCAAACUUUCAAAAUAAAGGUAUCAUUGACUGGC